GUGAACAUAUCAGACGACACAGCGAUUUUUUAGACAGCUUGUUUAUUCACAGGCCAGAACAGAACUGAACUGAAGGGUUCAGCCAACCUGCUUAUAUAGAGCUCCACUACAACGCAACAGUAACAACUUUCUGUAACUAUCCAAUCACUGAACGUCACUUUCAAUUCCUUAUUUGCACAUGUGGACCUGAGUGAAAACUAUCUACAGUAACCCUGCUGGCCCAGGGUGAGAACUUCAGUACAUAACACCGUGUGUAGGUGUUAUUUGUUUUUUAACUUAUAUUUUGGAAAUGUACAUGAAGUGUUUUUUUCCUUUAAAUUUUUUGGGAGGCCCCAAGAGAGUGAGACCCUAAGCUAUAGCUUGUUUAGCUUAUACGUAAAUCCGGCACUGGCAAGCAUGGAACUGUGCUUCAGGAAUCCAAGCGACUGAGAAGACCUAGCGUUAUUCACAGGUGGACUCCAACUCCCAUCAGGGCUUGCAAGCAAUGGCCCAAUGGCUCAUGGGAGUUGUAGUCCAGCAACGCAGGGACCUCGAUCUGGCGGCCGCAGGUUUCUCCGCCCUUGAGAGGGCGCUUUACAAGUACUCCGCAGGAAACCCAGGCCAGGAAGCACGUGACCCUCGGCACCCGAGAGAACCAUCAACGGUCUGAGAGCUUUUCCUAGGGGCAGCUUGAGAAGGGUCCAUGUUCCCUUGUUAGGGGAGCAGAAGCGAGGAGGAAGGGUGCCUUGGCAAAAAAAAAAGGGCAAUAUAUAAACGUCAUUAAAAAAAAGCAAAACAACUGCUUCUACGUUCAUAAAUAUCGGUUUACUUCUCCUUGUAAACCGCCGUUUAGACGUUUCGGGUCUUCUCAGACACCCCCCUCCUCCGCUGCUUUUUUGGUACAACCCAACUGCCAUUUCCCCCCAUUCUCUCUCUCUCCUUCCCGGCCAGCGGGUUCCCUCUCUUUCCCUUCCAGCCCCGCCCACUUCCUCGACGCGCCAGGCGCAGCCUCGCUUCGGCCUCCGAAUGACGUCAGUGUCAGAUCGCCUAUACGGAUCCCGACGGGUUCGGGCAAGGGCUCGCGCGUCGGGUAGGAAGGACGGCCCCGAUUGGGCGCGGGCUUGAGCAAGCGGCCUGCUGAUUGGCCGCCCGCCGCGACCCAAUCGGCAGGCGGUUUGUUCUGGGAGGAGGGUGAGAGAGAAGGCUGGGCUGUGGGGGACAGAAGGGAGGAAAAGGUGAGGGGAGGAGGGGGACUCGGGGAGAGCGCCCCUAGUGCAGGGGGGAGCCCAAGGCGGGACGGGGGGUGGGGUGGGGGUGGGGAAGGUAAGGAAGCCCAGAGCGGAGCCACCGCCCCCCCCCCACUUUGCAGGGUUGUGGGGGAGGGAGGGGAAGUGGCCCCUCCCGCAAGGGUGGGGGAGGGGAGCCCAGCACGCCCCAUGCAAAGAGGGCGAGUGCCUGGUGGAUUUGACCCCACCCCCCGUGAAAAUGGGGGUGGUGGUGGUGGGGAAGGGGAGCCCCCAUGCACAGACCUCUGUGAAGGGGGCUGGGGCGGAGGAGAAGCGGGGCAGGCGCCCAUGUGCAGAGGAGGAUGGGCGAAGGGGAGUCCCAGAUGCACAGGGAGACCUGGAGAACUACCUGAGGAAGUAGGUUGUGGCCCGUGAAAUCGUGCUGCGGUUAAUGCGCUAGUCUUGCCAAGGUAUCAUAAGGCUCUUUGUUGCUGAUGGGGGGCGGGGUGGGCAGAGAGAGAGAGGAGGGGGUUCCUCUUUUCCGAAGUGAGGUGGAGAGAAAGAGGAGUGAGAGCUGCUGUCAAGGGCAGGAUUGGAAGAAAGUGUGAACUGGAGGCUCUGAUCCUCUCCUGUGUAAGCAAACAAAAAACUGAAGGGAAGGGUGCAGUCCCCUGAUGAGGGGUUGGAUGUCAAAUCACUCAGGGGUCUGGGGAUGAGGGGCUGAUCUGCACCUUUGCUUGCUGUCUACUUAUUUACAGUCUUCUUUUGAACUCAAGUUUUCAGGGGACCGGCUUUCUCAGUCUUGGUGUGUGCUGGAGCAGGCAAGAUUGGACGUCUUUCUAGAGCCACAGGCCCUUCUGGGGUCUUUCUAGAGCCACAGGCCCUUCUGGGGCUGGUCCGUGGCUUUAGACCUCGAAGGUAUGUGGGAGAUGCACCCUGAAGCCAGGUGAAAUACAGCUCAAGCCUCAGAAACAGCUGGUGGGGUAAAAAUCAGAUUUUCGUUUUUUCAAAGAUGAAUUUAAAUUGGUGUUUUUUAAGAGUCUUCCCCCCCCUUUGAAAUAAGAUUGUUUAAUAUGGCAACUUACAGUAAUUAAGUGCAGAUAACAUGUAUAUAUUAUAAUCUUAUACAACUGGACUAGUGGUCUCCUAUCAAACACAUUGAGAUAAAACCUCAUUUUCUAUGUAAAAGACAUGUUUAUGUUAAUCUGUUCUCAGGUCAAGACUUAUAAAGGUGGUAAUAGGUCACUGAGAAAAAUGAUGAAUAUUUAUUACACUGCCAGUAUGCUACACAGACAUUUACAUUCCAUCUCAUGGAAAAACAUGAUUGUGACUAGUAAUAGCCUUGCUUCUGGAAUGUGUUGGACAUUCCUGACUGGGAUCUAAAGAACAGCUUAAAAAUCUGCAGAUUAUAUGGACCGUCCUAGUAAUAUUGUUGACUUAUUUUCUCUGAAGUGACUCCCAUACUAGAUCACAACUACUUUUGAAAUAUCCACAGUAUUCAAAGCUAUGCUUUCCCCUCGCCCGUGCAUCAUUUUGCACUUAAAUCAAAUAUUGUUUGUCUUUGUUGCCUGUUCAUCCAUUAAGGAGAGAUCCUUUUGGAUCCCCAUCCUUAAUAAUGUAGUGUCCUCCUCAAAUAGCGUUUGCAUACAGAUCCAUUGACUGGUUAUUUUCUCUGAAACAUGCAGUGCACCAGAAAUUCAGCUGCAAUGUGGCAGUUGGAACUGCUGAGAACUAGGGAAGGCUGCUGUACACUGGAGGACAUUUGCAUGUCAGUGGCUCUUACAUCUGCUGCCAAGAUCUGCAAGAAACAUCAGCAGCCGCGAGAACCUGGCAGAGGAAGCCCUGCCCUAUGACAGACUAAUAAUAUUCCAAUUAAAUGUUUCCUUUCUCUUUAAAGGCAUAAUAAGCGAGCUUGAGAUUUUUGGGUAGUUAAUGGGCUAUAAUCCUAACCAAUAUUGUCAGCUGACCUAGUCAGAUGAGCCACCAUGGGGAUACAGAGUGCUAGACUAGAUGGGCCUUUGGUUGGACCUAGCAAAGCUCUUCCUAAAUGAUUGAAAAUUGACCUACUUUCGACUUAGCACAAUUGAGUUGUGUGUGUGUUUAAAUAAUUACCUUUACUUUUAUUUCUUGAUUUUAAUUGUAACUAUUGGCUGACCCUGGUGUUUCAGGAUAAAUUAUUUUAAAAGUCUGUUUACUAAACAUUCACAGUUAGAAAAACAUUACUUAACAUAGGGGUGUUAGGGGAAGGGUAGUACCUCUGGUGGGGGGACAGGUUGUGGCUCCUAGAAGCUGUCAGCCUGUGACAGCAGCCACACCUCAGGGAAUGGCUUCAAUUGGCCAGCUAAACCAGGUGAGGGUGGCAGGUGGAUCUCAAACCCUCUGUGAGUUAGCGACUUCCCCUGCAUGCAAAGACAGGCUCCCACAGAUUGAGCAGACAAGACCAAUAGUGAGUCCUACAGUCAAGGUGGUUUCUGCAGGUGCUGUAGAGGGGAGUGAGAGGCAGAUGGGGCUCAUCAACCUGGAAAGGUAGCCCAUCUAGGAGAAUGAAAACUCUGAUCCUAAACUUCUGCUGCUUUGCGGGCUGUCUUUGGGAGAAGAGGAAGCUAAGGAGUAAACCCUACACAAAUCUGGACUGGAGUCCCCAAGGCAGUUGGAUGGUACCUUGUAGGCUGCCUCCUAACAACUCCAGCAGCCAAGCUGGUGCCAAAUGUAUCACUCUGCUUUCCUUUGGACCACAUCACUGAGGCUGAGGGGGGUCUUGUCAUCUGGGCAGCCCAGGAGCUCCAUACAUAGGCUUGCGCCUUGGGGUGAUCACUUAGGUGUCGCUAACAUAGCAGUUUGACUUUAGUUAAUUUGGUCAUUCCAUGGUUCUUUGGGUUUUUUGUAAUAAGUGUAAGUAUCAAGUCUGUUGGUGAUCAAAAAUAUUUCUUGCUUAAAUAAGCCUACUAUUUUACAAAUAGUUAAUCAUUAUUUGACAACAUUUGUCCAAAAUUGAGUUGAUCCUUUCUGACCAGUCAGAUGCCCAAUUCUGUCCUCAAACUUAGCUGUCUCAUUGUUUACCCCAGCUCCAGGUGUCUAAUGAAACAGGAGCUCAUGGGAUACCCCAAUACUUGUUUCCAUCUGUUUUGAAAACAAUCCUCCUAUUGCUUACUUCUUUUUUUAACCGGUUUCCAAUCCACCUAUCCUCCCAUGCAGAAGCCAUAGUGAUUGUUUGGAUCCUGCUCUUAGAUGUGAUUAAAAUCAUUUAUUUAUAUUCAGCCUUUUCCAUGGCAAUUUAAAAUCAUGAAAUCACAGAACUCUGUGAUUUACAGUGCAAUCCAAAUCCCGGAACUGCUGAUAGGAGUUUGGAUUUGGCAGAUCUUGGACUUUUCUGGUUCAGCUAGGGCUGUACCAGCUUAAGUCCCUCAUUCUGACUGAGCCAAAGAUCUAACAGUAGAAGUAUUUCAUCCCCAGCUCAGCUGGCAGACCAGUGUAGUCCCCCAAAAGGGGUUUUGAGGAAGUGGAUGGAGUGAAAGAAGGAGAGACUUACACCUGUUUCAAACCCCAUUCAGCUUGGUUGUGUGUCCUAGGUCCCAAUCCUCAAAACUUAGGCGCCCACCCAGCUUCUGGCUUGGCCAGCACUUAGUCUCCUCCCUCCCUCCCCUUGCCAGAGGCUCCUGAAUGGAGUUUGGAAAUGGGGUAACAUGUGCCAGCAUAAAUUUCACCAGUUCUCUAUAGUUGGGAUUGCUCUGCCACAUCAGUCCACUCACUGCUGUUGGACUCUAGAAUUGGGCAAAAAGAAACAAUGAUACUGUGUGCUAACAAAACAGCACUGAAAUCAGGACACAGGACAAGGAGGAGUGCCUUUACUUCUGCUUCGUACUGAAAGAAAUGAGAAUAUUUGUUGCAAAACCACACUAACAAAGAUGUAAAUAUGUGUUUAUGCUACAUGUUUAAGCCACUUUGAAAUCUGUCCAUAGUAUCUGGCAAUUGUACAGCAGAAGGGCUAUAGCUCAGUGGUAGAGCACGUGCAUGGCACACAGAAGGUCAUCGGCUCAAAACCUGGCAUCUCCAUUUAAAAGGUUCAGGUAGCAGAUGAUGACAGUGAUCCCUGCCUGAGGUCCUGGAAAACCACUGCCAGAGAGUAGGCAACACUGGACUAAACUGCGUAAAUCCCUGUGUGAUUUACUGCCACAACUUCAGUAUAGGUGUUUUUGUGAAAUAACUUAAUUGUUACAAGGGAAGAGGGUCUUUAAUGUUUUGUUUUUCCAUUCCCUGUUGUAGUAAUGCAUGAAAACCUGCAGGGUAACGCAAGUCUGCUUAACUCUCAGCCCCACCAAUUAAGGUUUUUGCCCUCAGCUGAAUAAAUACCAUAUUUUUCGCUCUAUAAGACACACCAGACCAUAAGGCGCACCUAGAUUUUGGAGGUGGAAAACAAGAAAAAAAAUAUUCUGAAUCCCAGAAGCCAGAACAGCAAGAGGGAUCUGGCUUCUGCGAUAGCCUCUGGCUGUUCUGGCUUCUGGGAUAGCCCCGCUAAGCCUCUUCAGGGCAGCAGGAUGAAGGCUCCUCCUGCCCAGAAGAGGCUGUGUGCGGCUAAGGCAGAAGCCAGGAGAGGCGCUGUACAGAGAGCGAGAGCUGCGCAGCGCCCCUUCAGCGAAGUGGGAGGAGCAACAGAAGGGGAUCCGUUCCUUCUCCCGCUUCGCUGAAGGGGCACUGCGCAGCUCUCCCUCUUUGCGCAGCGCCAUUCGCUCCAGAAGAUGCACUCAACAUUUCCCCUUACUUUUUAGGAGGAAAAAAGUGCGUCUUAUGGAGCGAAAAAUACGGUAGUCUAAAAAAGCAGUAGUUGACUGACGUACUGAUGGAUGCUGCAAUCUUAUACACUCUUAUCUAGGAGUAAGUGUCGUUGAACUCAAUGUGGCAUCCUUCUAGGUAGGCCUGUAUUGGGCUGUGGCGCUUAUACAUUUAGUUCUUGCAAUUCCUGCUCCUUGCUGUGGGAACCUGUGAAAGACCCAUAUCUUACCUGUUUCAUCAAAGGAUGUAUUUUAUACCAGGGUUGUAAUUUGAUUAAUUGGUUGAAUUAAUAAAUAGCAUUUUUCUUUGCAUUUAGAUGUCUGCAUACUUUAUCUGAUUUUAAUUUUGUAUUUUUAUAUUGUAACCUGUCCUGGAACCUUAUGGUGAAGGGUGGAUAAGGAAUAUUAUUAUUAAUUAAUUAAUUAAUUAAUGUAUCACAGUAAACAGCACCUCAGAAUCGGCGUUCUGUUUUAUUUUUUAAAAAAUUUGCAGGCACUGAUCAAAGUAUUUUUCAGUCAGCGAUCCAGAUUAAUCACCCAAAAGUUGUAACCCUAGUUGGGCUCCCUAAUUUUUCCUUUCUCUUUCUUAUACACCCCAGCAGGCUUUCACGAUGGCAGAGUCAACCGAGGAGACACUGCUAUAUGUGGAGCAUCGCUUUGUCUGCUCGGAGUGCAGCCAGCAGUUCAACUCCUUGGAGGAAGCCCUGGUACAUCAGCAGAGCCACCUGUGCUCCCAGGAGCAGCAGUAUCAAGUGGUGGGGCUGGCAGAAGCCGGGCUGGUGGCAGGUGGUGAGGCCGGCCUCUACCAGACUGUGACUGUGCAGGAAAGCCAGUACCAAUGUCUGGAGUGCGGGCAAAUCCUCCUGUCUCCGAGUCAGUUGCUGGAACACCAGGAGAUGCAUCUCAAGAUGGUGAUCCAGGAGCCGGAACCCUUGGUGAAACUGCUGAGCUCCAGCCAGAUCCAUUAUGAGUGCACAGAAUGCAAGGCCCUCUUCACCAGCCAGGAUGUGUGGCUUGCUCACCGGCAGACCCACCGGAAGCCACCCGAGCCACCGGCUCCCCCUCCUCAGAGCCGGGCACUGGUCAACCUGGAGCACUCGUACCGCAAGCCGCAGGACGGGGUAGACACUGUGCAACUGCUGCUGUAUGAAUGUGGCGAGUGUUUCCAGCUGUUUCAGUCGACGGCAGACUUGCUGGAGCACCAGACCACACACCAAGUGAUCCAAGCCUCCCCAGGGACACGAGCGAGGGAGCUGCCUGCAUCCUGCCCCACGGAACCGAAGGCACUGCCUCCACCGCCGCCCCCACCUCCCAGUUUAGUGGCUGUGCACAACGGGGCUGUGCCGCCGCCAGCCCCCACCAGUGUCACGGCCACGGAUCACAGCUAUGAGCUAAAAAACAACCCCGGGGAGCAGCUUCCCCGGAAAGCGAAGCAGGCCGCCAAGGAGCACAUGUGUGCUGAGUGUGACCAGCCCUUUCCUUCGGCCCACAAGCUCCAGCUUCACAUGAGGAGCCACCGGCAGGGCGCCUUCAAGUGCCCGCUCUGCAGCAAGGUGCUGCCGUCCCCAGCCGCCCUUGAGAAGCACCGGGAGGAGCACAGCGGCGAGUCGCGCUUUCUGUGCAUGGACUGCGGCCUGGGCUUCGGCACGGAGGCGGUGCUCUUGUCUCACCGGCGCACGCACUCCUCCAACCCCCUCUACCGCUGCGCUUGCGGGAAGACCUUCAUCAACAUGACCAAGUUCCUUUACCACCGACGUUCCCACAGUGCCAAUUCAGCGCAGACCCACGAGUUGCCUGCAUCUCCUCCUGAGGAACAGCCUCCUGAGGAGGAGCCACCUGAAGCCUUGGAGCAGCCGCCACCACCACCUCCACAACCACCUCCUCCUCAGCAGCAGCAGCAGGAACAACAACAGCAACCACAGCAACAGCAAGAACAAGAGGUGUUUCCACUGGCCAUCAUCUGCUCGGUGGACAAGACCUCUGCCCCAGCCGAAAGCAACGUACAGGAGCAAAAGCCCUCGGAGUUCCAGUGCCUGCUGUGCAACAAGACCUUUCCCAAGUUGACGCUGCUGCUGCGCCACCAGCGCUUUGUCCACAACAUGGAGCGCCGCCACAAGUGUCUGACUUGCGGCAAGAUGUUCAAGAAGAAGUCGCACAUGCGCAACCACCUCCUGACGCACACCGGCGAGAGGCCGUACCACUGCAAGGAGUGCGGCAAGAGCUUCAACUCGCAGGCCAACCUGCAGCGCCACCGCCUGACGCACACGGGCGAGCGCCCUUACCGCUGCGAGAUCUGCCAGAAGUGCUUCACGCAGUCGUCCACCCUGCAGCAGCACCUCCUGGUGCACAAGCGCCACUACCCCUACAAGUGCCAGGAGUGCAACAGCGUCUUCCACCGCCCCUACCGCCUGCUCAUGCACCGCUACCACCACACGGGUGAAUACCCCUACAAGUGCCAGACCUGUGGCCGCUCCUUCCUGCUCCGCCGUCUCCUGGAGGUCCACCAGCUGAGUCACACGGGGCAGCAGCCCCACCGCUGCACGUCUGGCUGCGGCGCCGCCUUCGUCACGGCCGAGCAGCUGAAGGAGCACAAGUGCGGCAAGAUGAGCCGCCACUUUGAGUGCUCCGUCUGCGGCAAGAAGGUUGGCUCGACGGCGCAGUUGAGAGCCCACGAGCGGCUGCACGGGGACAUCCAAGUUCCCGAAGGGGCGGAGGAAGAGCCCCCCGCUUUGGAGCCGCCCCCGCCCCGGCCACGCCGCCCCACCGGCCCCAAGGUUUUCGAGUGCGGUGACUGCAAGAAACUGUUCAGCACCGAGACGUCGCUGCAGGUCCACCGCCGCAUCCACACAGGCGAGCGCCCCUACCCGUGCCCGGAUUGCGGCAAGGCCUUCCGGCAGUCCACGCACCUGAAAGAUCACCGGCGGCUGCAUACCGGCGAGAAGCCCUUCAAAUGCGACGAGUGCGGGAAGGCCUUCACCAUCGCCGUGCGGCUGGCCGAGCACAAGCGCAUCCACACAGGGGAACGCCCGUACCACUGCGACGCUUGCAACAAGGCUUACCGCUCCUUCUCCAACCUCUGGAAGCACCGCAAGAUGCAUCAGCAGCAGCGGCUGCAGAACGAGCAAGAGGCCAUGGCAGAGGCUGUCGCCGCUGCUGCGGCCGCGGCCGCUGCUGCAGCCGCAACGCCGUCGGCCUCGUCCACGCCUAGCGACCAGGUCUAUGGCAACACUGUUACCAUUAUGGAGACCAUCCCCGUGGUGGAGACCAUUGAAAUCUACCCUACAGAUGCCGGGGUUCACUUCGAGAACAUCCAGGUGGAGAAUGUCCAGAUAGGGGGAGUUUGAGUUGGGCUGGGGGGAGCAAGGAGAUGCAGCUGGCCACGCUCUGUGGACCGGGAGCUGCUGCUCUCUGGCUCCCCCUUGCUGGGGCUCUAGUGUAGCUGCAACAACUUCUGCUCCCUAGCUUUUUUAUCCAUGCUCCCUCUGCUGUCCAGGUUUUGGCCAUUUCUGCAACAUGGCUGCAUCAUCUUGACUUCUCCGGUUUUGAAGGUGAACUGGGCUCCCAUUUCCUCCCCGUCUGCACAAACACCAGGACGGCAUUGGGGUUGGCUUGUGCACUUGAUGCCACCGUGGGCUCUGACCCUCCCAUUUCCUUUGGGGUUGGGUUCUUUCCCACUCAGUUGUGUGGAACGUGGCUUUUAUUUUUUUUAAUGACACAAGCAACCCCUCCAGACUUGAGAAUGCCCAACCACAGCCCCCCCCCCCCCCGGCUGAGCCCCUUGAAUGCUAAAUGGUUUUGUUUGUUUCAUAGAGUGCUCCAGGGAAUAGCUUCCCUGCUGGGGUUCAGUCUGACUUGUAAAUACCUCUUGACUGGGUUUCCCUCUUCGCUGUGGGAGCUUCUCUCACUGUUUGCUGUUGCUCCCCUAUCACCCACACAUAUUCCCCUUGUGACCCCUGACAGCUGCUUUUAUUUGGUUUCUUGCUAACUGGAUUCUUCCCCAUGGCUGCAGGAGCAUUUUGUUAUUUCGUAUGAAAAUUAAACAGGAAUCAAAGCGCUCAUGGUUUUUUGAAGUGUGUUCUUUUGUAUUACGGUGGUUUUGAAUAGAGCUGGGUGCAGCGUAAGGCUGCCAGUGGGUUAAUUUCUAAUCACCUGCAAUGUUCAUUAUUUGUUAUAUUAAUACUUAAUGCCUUCUUAAAACAGGCAUUCUUCCCUCUUUCUCUCUCUCACAGGAGGGAAUUUAUUUCAUUCCAUUUAUGAAUCGCUUCCCAUAAAACAUCUUGAAGCAAUUUAACAAGGUGGCUGUUUCGAAUAUUGUGCCUGUUGCAACAUGUUACUUCGUUAUCUGAAAAGGGAAAUAACCCUUUCUUCAAAGUGUUCUUUAUUUAUAUGGAAAUCUAUGCAGAUUUAAUUGUUUGACUGAAACUUAACACAAUUAAUCCCCUGAUAACGGUUUUUAAAGCAGACAAGCCCUAAAGUUUUCAUGUAAUCCUCACUGUAAGGUGCUUUGACAAAAAUUUAAUAAGCAGAAACUGCUGGUCGUUGUUGAAAGAAAGGAGUCUCUGUACCGUUUUCUGCUUUCAUUUGCUGUUGUAGUAACACGAGAUCACUGAAAUACACUAAAUAAACAACCUGUGCAAUUAAAUCUUGGUGCCACCACAUACAGUUGUCCCCCACUAAUUAACUAAAGCAGGAAUAGCUAACCUGUUGCCUUCCUGAUAAUGCUGGAUGCCAUUUCCUAGAGGCCAUGGUGGCUGGACCUUCUGGGAGUUGUAGUCCGGCAACUUGCGGAGAGCCAAAGGUUCCGCACCUUCCAUCUAAAGCAUUAUCUGUCAUUUAAAA